AUGGCCACUGGAUUCUCUGCGGCAGAUGGGCUUGGACACUAUCGACGUUUUGAGAGGAACAAGUGUAGCAGCGUGCGAGCGUCUCGUGUUGUUGGAACCUCAAACCGGGACCGGAUUUUUUUCAUCUUCUUUCCUAUCAGGUCUCCACAUCCGCGCCAGCCAUCGGCCGAACUUUGCCCGCCGAGCAGGAAGCAAAAGCUCCCAAUCCACGGCAAUUAUCCCAACGACGCCAAUUCCACCUCUUCUGAUGCGCGUCAAGCGACUCGUGAGGAGAUGAGCGAGGCUCGCCUCCCUCACGCCUACAGAGACAGCUGUGCCCACCUCCUGAUCCCCCUGAACAAGUGCCGCAAAUCGACGUGGUACGCGCCGUGGAAGUGCGAGGACGAGAGACAUAGCUACGAAAAGUGCCAGUAUGUCGAAUUCAAGAAGCGAGUCGCCAAGAUGGACGAGCUGCGAGAGUCCAAGGAGGGUGCUCGCAGCAACUAA